UCUCUCUCUCUUCACACAAAUUAGACAAGAUGAUGAUGAUGAGUAGAAGAGUGUGUCUGAACCACGGUGGCAAAGUUGGAGAAGAAAAGAAGAAGGUGAUGAUGAAGACAUGGGCGUUUAAAGGGUUCUUCAAGUUCAUCGGAGAAAAGGUUUCGAGAGCUAUGCCGGCGGCGGCAGGGAGGCGGAGGAGAUGCUCGUGCAAAGUGUCGUCGUCAGCGAGUUUGGGGAGGUGUCGAUCAUAUGCGGAAACGCUUGAUGAUUCGAGGAGAGCUGAAGCCAUUGAAGACUGCAUCGAGUUCUUCAACUCUUCUUCUUCUUCUUUGCAAAGAUCUAAUUCAGUUUCCAGCUCUUGCUAGUGUAACAAAAUCGAAUAGAGAGGAAAAUAACAUGAUGUUUCAUAUUUUGUUUUUCUUUAGAAUUUGCUCAAGAUAUGUAUUUGUGCUUUGAUUAGGCAUGAAAAGGAUAACUUCUAGUUUUCUUCUAUGAUGGCCUCAAAUAUUUGAUGAAAUAUUGUUUCAUGAUUUUUCCGAAAUGAAAUGAAUGAAUUAAGUUGAAA